CUCUUACCGCGUAAUUUGUUGGCAAAAGAGCGAAAGUCGCCUUCUCAUUUCAGUCCUUUCUGUAUCGAAGAAUCGACGUUUCAGUACCGAUUAUGCGGCGCUGCUGAGUGCGAAGUGACUCAUAAUAUUCAUCGUUGUGAUACAUAAAGUGUUAGUUCUUUUAUUGUGUCUCUGACUGCUUUGUUUGGAGGUUAAAAAAGCGCUAUGGCAAAAAACCUUAUCGUAUUGAUCUGCGUAUUGGCGGCAACCGAAGCUUAUCCCACGUCACCGGAAUUGAUAACCGAACCGAAACCAGGCGAAGAAUACGUCUUCGUCCAAUCGGUUAGCGAUGACGCGAAACCGAUAACACGAAACGAAAAACCUCUGCGAGAAUACAAACAAUUCGAAACCGCUCACAAAUUACCACCUUCCCUAACCUAUACCCUGGAGGAAGACGACAAAAACUACACCGGGGUAAAACAGAAAAGGGAAGCGCCAAGUAAAUCCCCGGUUCCGGCUCCGGCGCCUCCCGGUGCAACGAAAAUCGACGUAAAGGCUUUAUUAGCUAAGUAUCAAUCUUCGGGGUUGGAAGUCACCUCGACGACCGAAAAGUCGUUGAAUCGAAGAGGCGGCGGCGGAAGAGUGAAAAAAUCCGUAACCACCCCGAGUCCCGUACUCACAACGGGAAAAUCGGCCCCGAAGCCCGUCGUGGACGACGUGGCGCUCUUCGGAGCCGCCAGCGACAACACCAGAUCCAGAAUCCAAAUUAAAAAAGGACCGAACGGUCAAGAAUACGAAUACGAAUACGUUUAUUAUUAUUACGACGAGGACGAUCCCAAAGAUAAGCCCAUAACCAAUGCCCACGACGGUCCGGCGAGGAACCGAAUACCGACGCGCGGGGAUAAACAGAAACAAGUCGCCGAAACCAACGAAAUUCUCCCGUCCAGAGGUAGCGGCAAACGUGGUAAACAAUUGGGGGAAGAGGAGACGGUCGACGACGAACGAUUACCGGCUAAUACCAGAUUUCCUCCGAGAAGUAGAAACUUGAACACCACACCCUUACCAGAAGAGGAACUAAAACCUGCCGCCGGAGCUGGAGCGGUAACUAGAGGUCGAGGAAGAGGAAGGCCGUCCGGAGGCGAGGCUACUUCCACCGAUACAGAUAAUGUAUCAGACGAAAUACAGGGCAAUAGAGGGCGCACGCGUGCAAACGUGCAUCGUCCAUCUUUGGAUUUGGUCGAUAGCGAUAGUUUUAACGGAGGCGCCAAUCAAGGCAAACCUUCGUUCCCGCAAGAACUACCAGAAGGGCCGGUACGUUUUUUGGGGGCCAUACCCAACGAGCGCAUCGAAAUUGAUCGAACAACCGCGGAACCCGUUUCUAAACCUAAUAUGAGAACAUCGACCGAGGAAGACGAAGAAAAACGAGAAUCCGUCGAAGACAGUACCGUAACGAAAGAUUUUACCGCGACGAUUUUAGAUACAACGACUACAGUUAUGUCGCCUAUGGAUAAAGUGGCUUUAGAUUUGUACGCGAUAUCCCAGGGAACGCAAAAACUCUUCGGAGAAGACGGAGAAGAAGCUGCCGCGUCGACUGAACAAACAACCGACGAAAUUAGUACUGAAGCUGAAACUACUUCAACAACAACAACUACUACUACCACUACGACGACGACGACGACGACAACCACCACAACUACUCCUCCACCUCCACCAACAACCGAGGCGGUUACAAAUUUCGGUAGAAGCAAAUUCGGAGCCGGUAGACGUAAUUUGAACGGGAGAAAAACAACCGCAACAACAACGACUACCGAAACACCAGUUUCAGAACCAAAAAAGAGCAAAUUCGGCAGACCGAGUUUCGGAUCUAGAUCAAGAACGAGAACGACAGCGCCACCAGCCGCCGAGGAACCGUUUAAAGAUGAAGCUAAACCGGUUAGCCAAUCGAGGCCUACUGUGAGCCGGUCCCGAUUCGGCGCUUCGAAAUCGAGAAGCCGGACGACAACGCCUCCGUCAGAAGAACCCAAAGAAGAAUCGCCGAGCACCUCCGCCCCAACUAGAGCUUCGCUACCAAGAUCUCGUCCUAAUUUGAGAAGCAGAAGUCGCACAACGGCAGCUCCCUCUACCGAAAGUGACGAUAACAAAGACGAAACUUCCGCGUCUACAGUCGAAGCGAGUAGUACAACAAGACCUCGAAGGAUCAACGCUGGAGCUGGUAUUAGACCUUUGAGACCCGGCGCAAGGAUUAAUAUCGGUGGCGGUAGAGGUAGAACCACCACAAGUACCACCGAAGCACCAGCUCCACAAGAAGACGAAGUUACAGGAGAAGAAGAACCCGAAACUCGCGAACAAGAAACCAAGCAAGAAGAAGCGCAAGCGCCCGUCGACAAUUCCCCAUUGGGAAGAUUGCGGAAUAAAAAUCGCAUAUCGGUGCAACCUCGACAGAAAACCGCCGCCAGUGCUCCAGUUCAAGUACGUAGAAUAAAUCCCCUACUGGGACGAAAACGUUUAGGUCAAUCGACGGAAGCUCCGUCUAGUGAAGCUCCGCAAGAAUCGCCGGCUACCGAAGCCUCUUCGAAACCGGAAGAAGAAGAAACCGAAGCUUCGCCUCCUAGUUCUAGUACGACAACAGAAGAACCGAAAGGGUUGAACAGAUUGUUAGCCGGUAGAAGGAGGCUGCCACCGCGAACUCCCGGUAGUAAAGCCUAACGGGGAGACAUACAUAGACUGGUACUUCUUUUUUCUUCAAAUUUUUAAUAAAAUAUUCUAAAUAAAAAAAAAUUGUACGAUAUUUGAAAUUUUGCUUCUAUUUUCUACUUUAUAAUGAUAUUUUUGGUAUGUGAUUAUCACUAGCGCUAUACCUCUUCCAAGGACCAUCCCGUUUGCCACCCCAAUCCUUGUGGCAUCUUCAGAGAUUUUUUUUAGCCUCCACUACCCCUUGGUGUGGCCUUUAAGGCCUUGGAAAUUGAUCUUGAACUUCUGUAGGUUGUAGUGUUGAUACACCAACGUCCUGGACGUUUAGAAGGAGAACUCGGUGUUCGUGAGCCACUUUUGCUUGUCGAUUGGAUAUUACAAAUAUUGCUCUAGAUGGGGACUAUAUUGGAAGAGCAUUUGCUGUGGUAGUAUCGGGAAAACGAAGUCUCGUUAGCGACUGUCUUCUACGCUCUAACCUAUCCAAGUUUUUAGUCAACUCUUUCGUCGAAUUGUUUCCUUCUGUAUCGAGUCUAGUAUCUUGGAAGACGACCUCCAAAUAUGCUGGCAAUACUACAAAGAAGAACGGAUCUGUUGUAGAGGAUUAUAACUUUUGAUAGCGCUGUUCAUUUAUUUUGGAAAAUGAUUUGUUAUUGAAAUUUAUUUUUCGAAUAUUAGGUUGCUUAUUUUUUAUUGUGUUUAAUAGUGAAUUAUAUUUUUUAAUUAUAAAAUACGCAGGCCCCCAACGUGCCAAUAAUUGACAACAUUUAGUUUUGUAACUUGUUAAAAUUAAGGUUUUUUCGUCACAUUCUGUACAUAAUAAAUAUUUUUAUUUUAAUAUACA